AGAAAAGCUUGGGGCACUUUCAGAUUGUGGAAAUGGCGCUCUGCGUUGUAGAAGCCUGAAGUGACUUCAUACGUGCUUGUCAGUUGGAGCUCUCCGAGUAGUACUUUUAAAAGGAGCGGAUUAUGAGAAAGGAAGGAGGGAAUCGGGAGAUUCGUCGAGGAAAACAAAACCAUUGUGGCUGUGAUAAAGCCGUCAACAUCGUCGGACAGGUGGUGUAACGUUCACUGAACAAUGCAUGACCUGACUGCCCAAGUCACCAGCAGCCUGCUGCCUUUCUCAGAAGUGACUGUUGAUGCUCUGGGAGAGGAUGAGAUCAAUCUAGACUCCGUUCUUCUUGGAAAGCUCUCUGCUGGCCGGAGUGGGUUGACCUGGUUGGCCUGCGGUCCCCAUUUGGAGGUUGUCCAUGCAGUGACCGGAGAGCGGCUGUCUGCGUACUGCUUCAGUGGUGGAGGGGAGCACCCACCCUGUGUUCUUGCUGCCAAGGACUUCAGUUGGCUCAAACGGUCUGGAUUGUUGGUUGGCUUGGAAGAAGCAGAAGGCAGCGUGCUGUGUCUUUAUGACUUGGGACUGUCACGAGUGGUCAAAUCUGUGGUUAUACCAGGAAGGAUUACAGCUAUUGAGCCAUUAGUGAGUUAUGGUGGAGCUAGUGCUUCAACACAACACCUCCACCAGAGCUUGCGCUGGUUCUUUGGCAUUGCUGCCAUAGUAACGGAUCUUGGUCAUGUUCUGCUUGUGGACCUUUGUCUCGACGAUCUGUCCUGCAGUCAAACUGAACUGGAGGCUUCAGACCUGCAGGUAGUAACCAAGUCUCCUUCAGAGAUCCCCAGGCUUAGAGAAGUCAGCACCAGACAGGGCAGACACCUUUGUCUGCAGUUGAAUGCACCCAAUGGAGUUGGAGCGACAGCUCUGCAGUAUAUCCCCAGGACCAACCAGUUGGCGGUCGGGUUUUCUGAUGGAUAUUUACAGCUGUGGAACAUGAAGACUUUAAAGAAGGAAUACCACUCUCAGUUAGAGGGUGGCAGGGUUCCUGUGCAUGCCUUUACCUUCCAGGAGCCAGAGAACGACCCCAGGAACUGCUGCUACCUCUGGGCUGUUCAGUCUUCUCAGGACCUUGAAGGAGAUACGGUCAGCCUCCACCUGCUUCAGCUGGCCUUCAGUGAAAGGAAGUGUCUCACUUCAGGGAAGAUCCUCUAUGAGGGUCUCGAGUAUUGUGAGGAGCGUUACAGUCAGGACUUAAGUGGCACAGCUUUCCCCCUCAGGGCCCAAACCACAAACACUCGCUUGCUGAGUUGCCAGACCAUCGAGAAAUUCAGACCCCAUCCUGACAGGGAUGACAGCAUGAAUGAAGUUGCAUCUCCAGACACCAGCGUGUCCAUCUUCAGCUGGCAAGUCAAGGCCUACGGUCAGGGAACUCCAUCUACCUACAUUGGGGUGUUUGACAUCAAUCGUUGGUACCACGCACAAAUGCCAGACUCAUUAAGAACGGGAGAGUCUCUUCAGAACUGUCCCUACCUGGCAGUCUGGUCUCUGGACCCAGUGGUGCAGAUGGUGUCUCCCCAUUUCCUCCUAGAUGUGGUGGUACAUGAGCGCAGCCUAAGCAGGGGCCUGCCCUACACAUGCCCCCCGCCAGAGCAGUACUUCAACCCCACUACGUAUAAUUUUGAUGCCACUGGCUUGCUGAACUCUGGUAUUGUGCACUUAACCUGCUCUGGGUAUCAGAAAGAGACCCUGAGUUUUUUGAAGAAAGCUGCUCCUUGUUCCAGUGACACCAUCUCCACUAGCUACUCUCACUGCCUUAUGUCUGGCCUGCUCUCAUCUCGCCUGGCUGACACUCAGGCAUCCAGCCUGUCUCAGGAAGAGCAGCUCGAUGCAAUUUUGUCAACAGCAGUGGAGACCAGCUCCUUGGGACUGAUCACUGGCUGCAUCAAGCAGUGGACUGCUGAAGAACAACCAGGCUCUGCUCUGAACCUGCGCUACAUCCUGGAUUGGGCCUGGAACAAAGUGGUCCAGACCAAGGAAGAACUGGAUGGCAUCUGUGCACCACUGUUUGACAGCUCGUCCAACUUCACCGACCCUCAGACGAUGCUUCUGCUACAGCAUAGUCAGAGACUGCUCAGUAACCUCAGUGCCAUCUUCCACUGUCUGCUCAGUGAAGCUCAGGAGCUCACACAAAAAGGUCUUGCAGGUCUGAUGAACAAGAACGUGGUGUCUCGUCUGAUUUCCAAAUAUGCCCAAGUGGUUCUCUGGUUCUGUCGUACUGGCUUACUCCCUGAGGGAUCAGAUAACGAUGCUCUCCAGAUUUCUAGACCCUUCUACACUCACUCAGUCAUCAGCAACUAUUAUACUAUUCGCAGAGAGGAGCUGACCAGGCUGGCCAAGGGCAAGUGGCGCGCAGACUGCCUGAUGAUUGACGGCUUGGUUGGCCAGUGUGGUGAACGCUUAACCAAGCUGUGGAAAAGGGAUGAUGGUGGAACGGGCCAAUACCCGCCACCUACACUGCAUGCCUUGCUGGACAUAUAUCUACUUGACAACAUUGAAGAAGCUACCAAACAAGCAAUUGUAAUCUACCUGUUGCUGGACGUCAUGUACUCCUUUCCCAAUAAAGAUGGAGCAUCAGUGGAAUCUUUUCCCACAGCUUUUGCCAUCCCUAUCGGACUGGUCAAACUUGUACAAGGCCUAUGGCUUCUGGACCACCACGACCAUCAGAGCUCAUUUGAGCUGCUCCUGCAUCCAGCUGCUUCUCAGUAUCAUUUUGAGUGGCAGCAUGAGCGUGUCCUGCAAGCGUUGAUGUGUCAAGGCCAGCAGUCGGUGGCACUGCGGUACUUCAAUGUUACAAAGCCCCCCAUCACCUCCACCUCACAGGCCAAACUUUGCCUGUCUGUACUCUUACACAACAGGUGUCUCAUAGAGGCUGGGUGCUUACUUCAGCAGCACUCUAGUAGCCUGAACAUGGGUGAGCUGCUUGGCUUCCUGUAUGAGAGCUGCCAGGAGCUUGGCCUCAUCAAGGAGCUGCUCAAACUUCCCCUGGGCCUCAAUGAACAGGAAGGUUUGGAGAAAUUUCUCCAGGGUACAGGGGGUCUCCAGAACAGAGAACUACUGUUGGUGCAUUAUCUUCAGCAGGCCAACUACAUUCCUGCCCUGCAACUUAACCACAGCAUCAAAAUGAACUUUGUGAAUGAGAGAGACCCAAAGCUUAAAGAACGAUCCAACACCAGGAACUGUAUUUUGGAUCAGUAUGGCAAAGUUUUGCCCAGAGUCCAGAGGAAACUGGCAAUGGAGAGAGCGAAACCAUACCAACAUCCCUACACCAUCCACAGAGAAGUUUCUCGGCCACAGCCACUGUCAACUAUCACCAAGCGUUCUGCCAAUGAGAAGGUGAUGUCCAGGGCUGGACUGAUCAAUAAUGUCUUGACCAAGAUUAAAGAGGUGUGGUUAGGAAGAGAUGGUACACCACAGUCCUCCCCAGCCAAGAGUCCCAUCAGACCUGAUUUUCAGACCCCCAUGAGAGCUGACGUUCAGAGCCCCAAGCCGUCCUCCCUGGCCCUUCCUGAACCCUUCCUAGGAACUCCUAUCACCAUGACCGCCAAACGAAAGUCAAGGCUGGUGGACUUGGUGGUUCAUCCCUCCUGUCAGACCCCUCGGCCUCUUCUCAGCCCUCCCAGACCCCCCAGCUCCUGGGUUUCUCCAAAGAGCAUCAGCAAAGCGCCUGAACUUAGUUUGCUUCAAACCCCGCAAGUUGUCAAGCGAGCUCGGGCUUUGGCUGCUUCUGGCCCCGUGUUCUCAGCCUUCACUCCUCAGUCCAUCCUUCGAAGCAGCCUCAGGCCCACACCCGUGGCCACCCCUUCUGCUUCUCCAGGACGGUCCAUCACCCCCCCACUCCGCAACAAAGAGAGCCGGAUCACCUUCAUCGAGGAGGCAGAAUCCCCUGAACCGGAGAAGGGUGUCCGUUGGACUAAUGGGAUGGCUGCAGACAGUGAGAUAAGCCUGCUGACGAAGGGCUCCACAGUAUCCAAGGCUGCACGUAAGACUUGGUCCUCACAGCCAGCUGAAGAGGAGGAUGUUGGAGACGAGGACAGGGAAGAACCCCGUGUAAAGAUCUUACCUCCAGAAGGUGGUAUUUCCUCACCACAGCUGCGAUGCUCAGAAAGUGAGUCAUCCUCCGUCCAUGGAGAAACAAAACCAUCAGACACACCGCAGGGAAGACUUGUCCUGAGCUUUGACACCAGCCUAGCAUCUGUUCGAUCAACAGACACCACUCUAGAGUAUUAUGAUGCCCCUGAACAGGAAGAAGGACAAAGUGCCACAGAGAAAGAUGAGGACAUUGUGACACUGAACUUUAAAUCCCAAAAUGAAAAGGAGGAAACUGUGGAAAAGCUACCGUCAACUGAUGAUCAAAGCGAUCACCAGACAACAGAUGAUGCAGAGAAGGAAAAAGAGGGGCGGGAGGAUGAAACCUUUGAGGACGUGAUGGAGUUUAGUCUCGAACCUUCAGCUGAAAAUGAGGACAAAGUUCAGUCUGAAAAGGAGGAUGAUCAGAAUAUUGAGAUAAGCGGCGAACAAGGAGACGUUUUAACUCCUGACCAAGAGGAGAUAUCGAGUCACCUUCAAGUUGUUAACCAGGUUACCGAGAGCUCGGACACUGGUGCUGCAGUUGAAUCUCAGUAUCUGAAAGCCGAGGGUCUGGAUAUCAACCCUGAGACCAAUGAGUUCAGUGAGCAUCCUGAACCACGUGGAGCAACUGAAACUGCCAACGAACCAGCAGAAGAUGUGGAGCAAUCAACAGAUCUGACAGAAUUUGUACAACAACACCUGUUUGGUGGUGAGCCAUCUUCUCUGCUUACCCGAUCUGCAAUCCACAGUCAAUCACAGAUCCAGAUCUCCUUCAACAGUGAGUCAUUAGUUGAGGAUGAAGAGGAGGUGAAGCCCGCUGCUGAAGCUUCCCUGGUGUUGACGACCCAAAAAUCCGCUGCCUCUGUGACAUCCUCUGAGCCAACUGGCACCGACUCCCACUCUGUUGUGAGUGUCAACGACAGUGAAGAGCUUUCCAGUCCUGCAUCUGAAGAGGAAGAAGAUGAAGAUGAGGAAGAGGAUGAGUCGUCUUCAUCGUCGGAGGAGGAGGAGGAGGAUCAAGAGGAGGACGAAGAGGACUCCGGUAGCGAGGUGGAGAUCAUUGAGGAGGUCCAGGGUAAUGGGAGGCUGCCACCCCUCCAGCCAAGUUCAGUCUUUGUACAGCAGGAGCACACACACUUCCUGCCAACGCUGGAAGAGCAGGAGGCUGCUGUGUUCUCUCUGAUCAACCCAGAUGCAGAGAUGAAGAUGGUAGAAGAGGACAUGGAGGGUGAGGUUGUGAUGGUGAGACUCGGGGCAGAUAAUGAAGGGAUGGAUCCAGGUGACGACCUAGACCAAGGUUCAUCAUACAUGGAGCUCAGACCUUCUACCACUCUCCUGGUACCCUUGGAGCUCGUGGAGGGACAACAGGUUCUGACCGACAGUGCUCAGCUGGAGCUUGUGGAGGGACAACAGGGUCUGGCCGACAGUGCUCAGCUGGAGCUUGUGGAGGGACAACAGGGUCUGGCCGACAGUGCUCAGCUGGAGCUUGUGGAGGGACCACAAGGUUUGGCCGACCAGCUGGGUAUUCCUGAACUUCAGCAAAGCGUUGUGGCAGAUGACCCGCAGUCAGAAACGUACAACAGCUUCUCUCUAACUCUGGAUAUGGACGGAGAUAAAGUGGCAGACAUGCUGGAUGUUGGGAACGAUCUGCUAUCCACGGACCCGUCCGCUCAGUCACAAGUUGUGAAUGCUGGUGAUGAACCUGAGAUCAUUCUUUUGGCCACAGAGGACCAGGAAUCAGCCCAGUCUGAAGAAGCUUCAGAAGAGGCCAAAGGAAAAAAGAUUGAGAUCUUGGAUAUAAAUGAUGUGGAUGGACAGAGAGAACCAGAACCAGUCGAACUCCAAACUGACUUUCAGACUGAAUACACUGAAGGAAAGCAGGAGAUGGAAGAUACUAAAGAACACCAGGUUGUACAGUUUGCAAGGCUGGGUGACAAUGAUGUAUCUGUGAUUCUUACAGCCCCUGAACUAUUUUCAGUGGGACAACAGCCUGUGGAUGACAAAGACUCUGUGACAGAAGAAGAAGCUGCUGAUGAGGAGAUGAGAGAGGAAGACAAACCAACACCUGCUGAGGAGAAUGGGCCUGUUGAUAUCGAUACAGAGCCUCCUGUGGAGGAGGAGCGGGACCACAGAGCUUUAACAACGGCAGAAAAGGAAAAGGCUGACGAAAUGAAGAGUGAGAAGGAAACAAAAAGGAGAGAAAGAGGAAGACCGAAGAAAUCUAAAAAUGUUGAAGAAGAGAAACCCGAGAUGAGUUUGAACUCCAUUAGCCAGGCAGAUGAACAACCUGUACCAGAGACUCCCACUUCUCAGAGGAAGAAGGCUCCUUCCACCCCAACACGGAGGAUCACAAGGAGGACGGUUAAGUUCAUCUCUCCCCUCUCAGAGGAAGCGGACAAUCCAGAGGAGGAUGGGAUUUCAGAUGACGCCAAAACAAACAAUCUGGUCCCUGCGUCACCUCGUCGUACUCCUAGAAAACAGGUUAAAGAAACCAAAGUCCGAGUCAGCACCCCUCGAAGAAGUACACGCAAAGCUCUGCCAGACCCUCCUAAAGAUGAGACUGAAGAAGAGGAAGCUACGGAUAACGAUACCUCAAUCGCUUCAACCUCCAAGGCCUCGUCUCCCUCCAGACGUUCAAGCAGGACCACUGCCGCCAGGACCAGCAUAAAGAGUCGAAGUGGCAGCGAGGCAGCGUCUGCAGCCACAGAGGAUGAAGUCAAAGAUACGAAAGUUGGUGAACGCAAAACCCCCACCCCAUCCAAACGGAGCACCGCUCAGGCAAACACUCCCAGGAGAUCCAGCCGAAGGACACUGAAGAGCAGCGAGGUGGUGCCAACCGCGCUUGAGAUCUUGAGAGAAGAGAAGGAACAGGAUGAGGUGUUCGAGUCCCCUGUAAGACGUAGCUCCAGGAAGGUAAAGACAGAAUCACCGGAGAGACCGUCUGCCACGCUGGAAGAGGAAGAGGACAAAAAACAGCAAGUUUCAAGCCCUGGCAGGGCGACACGACGCUCUAGACAGAUUUCCCUGAACGUAUAUCCACAAGUAAAACUGGUUCCUGUGUCACUUCCUCAGAGUGUAAGAAAGGUGAGAGGAGAAACGGUUGAAAAUGAAGAGCUGCUCGAGGUCAGAAGAAGUGCUAGUCAGCCCAGCCCCCGUCGCACAACUAGAAGCAAACUUUGGGACCACCCCGACGAAGAGCUUCCCCUGCUGGACUCACCGUUGGAGGUGAACUCAGAGACCCCUGUGGCAGACGCCCUCAUCAAGAGACUACAAGAUGAAGAAAAGCGAGAAGAUGAUGUAGUCAUUAAAAAGACGGUGAAAACCAGCAAGAGGAGCACCAAGUCCUCAGUGGAGCAGGAUCAUCCUCUGCCUCCUACAAAAGACGACCAGCUGCCUGAACCUGAAGAAGACGAGUCUAGUCCAGGCGAGCAUUCAUUCAUCUACUCUCCGUCACGAAGAAGAACAAGAGCCCACAGAGCAGAGUCUCCGGGCCCAAGUGAGGAGUCAUCAGCUCUUGUCACGCGCCGCAGCAGAAGAAGAGUCAAAGAUGUUGACCCUCAGGAGGAAAUGGUUUCAGUAGACCAUGUGGAAGCGGAGGUGGCUGCUUCUGUUUCUAAAAGGAGAAAAACAGGCAAACGAACAGCCAAAUCCAAACCUGUUGUGGAGCCGCUUCCUCUGGCAGAGGUGGACCUGAUCUCCCCUCUGCCCAGUCCAGCCGAACCUCUCCCCCGAGCUCUGAAGAGGAUCACAGAAGGAGAUGUCCCGACCGUCGGCAGGAACCUUCGACGCAAACGCGUCAUGGACACGGUUUUCACAAAGCCCGUCACCCGGAGGAAGAAACUGUGAGGAGGUUGGUUGGUUGGUGGUUUUAACCAGUGAACCUCAGACAGCCACCUGAAGAGCUGAACCUACUCCUUGAUGAGCUGUCAAAUAAAAACGUAUGCCUAAACUCACCAUGGUUCUGUUUCCUGAGCCUCAGCGCUGCAGUUUGUACAUUGACUUCUCUGUAGAAAAUAAAAUAGAAGCAGCGUAGGCGGGAAAAUAUAUUUUUGGGACAAACCACACUGGUGGAUAUCGGUGUGAGACAGAGGACUAUAUUUUUGGAGUUUACAUGUCUCUCCCUUGCUAAGUUGAUUUCACACCAUAUUGUAUCCGUGGCUGUUUUGUGUUGGACGUUGUGCGAUGCUCCUCUUCUUGACUCUCUGGGCACAGAAUGACACAAGGAAAGCAAUCAGUGUCGGAGGCUCCCGGUAAUAAAAAACAGAGACUUGACUGAACAUGCCUCUGAUAAAGAGGUUUUAAUUACAUUCUCUUUAAUUUUAAUUUUUUUGUUGUUGUUUACUUUUAAAAUUUCAUGGCCUGCAGUUUUUUUUCUAUUUAAGAGGAAAAGCAACCAAUCCAGUGGAGGAAUAUUUCUACUGCUAAAAUUUGUAUAUAGACUUUUGCUAUGUUCCAAAUAAAGUUAACAAAUAAAUCCUAAAGAAUUAUGUUGGUUUUGAGUUUUUAAGUGUCUUGAAUGCGUUUGAUCAUUUAAUCAGCCUAUGCCAUAGUCUUAAUCUUUUGUUUUCUGGAAGUAAGCACUGUUUGCUGAUUUGGAGAUGCAGAUGUUGUAUAUUGUUAAAGAAGAACCUUGCACAACGGUUUGCAGAUGUUAAAUUUGGUUGGGGGUUUGUUAAUGGGUUUGUUUAAUUAAAUUUAUGGCAACAAACAUCUGACACAGGCUAUUUUCUGAUGAAUGUAUGUAGAAUGUCUUAUUUUUGAUGACUGCUCUUUGAUAAAUUGACAAUGCUUGAAUACUUGA